GACUCUGACAACUCAUUCGGCAACCAAAAAGACGCGGCAACCCAUGGAAAGAGGGGCCACUUCGUGCGUUUUCCUAUUGAUAAUUCCUUUUUUACUAUUAUUAUUUGUGUGAUUUCAACUACGUCGUCUGCAUGGCUUUGAGUGGCUUGACAAUGUCCACCACCACUGCGUCGUUUCCAUGUCUUCAAUCGCUGGGACCUCACAUCAAUCGUGUUCAAGAUGAUCAUGGUGCGACGGACAUCCAAGUGGAAUUCAGCAUUGUCAAAUCACCGGUUUUGUCCUCCAAAGACGAGGACGAGCUGGGGAAAUUCUUGGACAUUGAUUUCAUCUUAUCAAACACCCUCGGUUCCAACGUUGUGAAUAGCGGCGCAGAUGGCAGCGGGGACACGUCUCCGCCCCAGCCGUGCGCCUAUGCCCUGCCCGAGUCCCCGGAGAGCUGCGGCGGCAGCUCAGUGUCGGAGCGCGCCGAUCGGCUUUCCCCGCAGCAACUCCACAACUACCACGGUGGGAUCCGCUUCACAGAAGCGAGCCCCAGUCUCAUGACGGAACUUCUCGCCCCUGACGUCGGCUACCCACGGGAGAGUUCACCGGAGUGCGCGGACAACAUGGCGAGAGAUGACCGAGAGUACAUGGAGCUAGGUGCGAUGAAUCCGGCUACACACUCGGCUCACUACCAUCCAUCAUCGAUUGGAUACAAAAUUAAAACCGAGCCCAGUGGCCAGUCAUGUAUGUUGGCCGGUGGGGACUUUACGGGGCCAACCACUUUCGUGCAACCGCAGAAUCACUCGACAAGUAUUGGGUUCGGUACGCACGGCAUGCAGCAGGGACCCCUGGGGCGCACAGACUGUCGUUUAGUGCAGCUCAACCUCACUAAUCACCUCCAAAACAAUUACUUGAGCAACUCUUACCAUUACACUCAUCACAACAUGCACACGCGCUUCCAGGGGCAGUACAGCAUGAACGCGGAGCUCGCGCUCAUCAACCACCACGAUCACCAGCAGCAUCAGAGGCAGGGGGCUUCCACGCAAGGCGCCAUGCUUACCCCGCCAGCCUCACCGGCUCUGAUGGAUUUCUACGGGCAAGAUGAAACGGGCGUUAUCAAGCAGAAGAGAGGGCGCAGGUCGUGGGCCCGAAAGAGGGCUGCCACGCACAACUGCGAAUUCCCUGGGUGUGGGAAAACGUACACCAAAAGCUCGCACCUCAAAGCCCACAUGAGGACUCAUACAGGUGAGAAACCUUACCACUGCAACUGGGAAGGCUGCGGGUGGAAGUUCGCGAGGUCAGACGAGCUCACACGUCAUUUUCGUAAACACACUGGUCACCGGCCGUUCCAGUGUCACCUCUGUGAAAGGGCUUUCUCUCGCUCGGACCACCUGGCCCUCCACAUGAAAAGACACAUGUAGACUUUACAGCGAUUGCCUCAUCUCCAUUGGUGUGCCUUCACAAGCAUUGUACAUAUGUGCAUACAUUGAGCUAAAUUAUGACGAAUUUUAGCUGCCUUCAAAUAAGUUAUUGACUGUUGCCUUAAUAAGACUACAUUACAGAGGGGCUGCACGUUGGGCAGGACCCAGAAUGCACUAUGCUGCGCAUUUAUUUUUACUUUUUAAUGUUGGCAUCUUAGAUACCUCCUGAAUUUUGCAGCUGUACUUUUUUUUUUUAAACUCAAAAUUGUCUCAUGUUGGCAAACAUGAAAAAUGUAACAAGGUGCGCAUUGUAGGUCAAGCCUGAGGUUUUUUUUUUCGUGAAGUAUAAUGUAUGAAUCAGGUUCGAAAGUAAAAGGCAAUCAUUUAAGUCUGCAGGGAAAUUAUUUAUUUAUGUACAUUUUUAUACACGGAUACGUACACACGAAUGUACAGUAUAUGAAGAAAUCAGUCCUGUUUAUCUUUGAGUACGAGGCCUAUCUUAUUCUCCCAAAAUAAAUUUUGUAUGCUUCAGACUUUAUAAUAAAAUUCCUUUAAACAUGA